AUGGAACCGAUCGCAGUAAAUGGUGUCGCAGAGGAAUCGCAAACGAAAACAGUUGAUAAACAGCAACAACUCCGCGAUGCAGUUCUCAAGUUCGUUGAACACAUCAACGAUUCGAGCGUUAAACGACAGAAGUCGAAUGUCUCAACGCUUAUCACCUCACUCAAAAACGUUGAACCUUUACCAGACGUUGUGCUGCGAGGUAUAAUACGUAGUUCAUUGACGGCCUGCUUCACACGUUUCACGGAACCUGCAUCCUUCCACAUAACCUUAUCACUGAUCGAGUCGUUAAGUGACAACAAUCCACCAGAUGCUCUCGUCAAACAUCUCUCUGAGUCAUUCACACAUAUUUUCGUACCUAACAGAACUGCGAUAACGAAAUGGUCAAGCCAUACAUCGGCCAUUGCUGUAAAAUGGUUACUGAUGUUCGCGGAAAAACAUCGUUUUGAAGAAAAAUCCGAUCUGAUCAAUUCAUUCAUAGUUGGCUUAGCAUCGUUGGCGUUCUACAACGUGUUUGAGAAGAAGAACGUGCGUUAUGUUCGAUGCAGAUACAAAGAAUUAUUCAAUCGAUUCGCGUUGAAAACAUUUGUGGAUUCGAUUGAUCGACACUACAACACUGCAUCGGUGUCAUUAGAAAGUGCUGAAUGUCUGGUGGCAUUGCUUUGUUUGUUGCCGUUGAACGAGUGCAGAGAGGAUGCCAUCGAGUUAUUCCUCAAAAUAGUGCUGAAGUCGAUAUUGAUGGCAAAACAACGCUCAUCAGCACAUAUUUUGAGAGCGUGCAGUGAGUUGAUUGAGCAGUUGAAUGUCAACCAGAUCAAAGAUGAACUCUUACCAAACGCCAAAAAAGCGAUGCUGCGCAGUCCUGAAGUGGCCAUUUUUGCAUACAGCGAUAUAUUGCGUUAUGUAAAAGUUGAUUUGAGUGCAUUCGCCGUUGAUAUUUAUAAAACAAUUGCGGGUUCAUUGGUUUCAACUGAUGACGACGUGCGCAGUUGUGCAUCAAAAGCAGUGAUUUUCUUGGCUCGAAACGUGUCCGAUACGACAGCUCUUCAGUCACUUAUCAAAGCCAUUUUUGCCACUUAUUCUGGAUCGGAUGGCAAGAUAACAACAUCGUUACAACGAAUCGGUGUUCUUGAAACACUGAAGGGUGUGAGUGCUCACAAUGUGUACGGUAAAGAGAAUGCCGAUAUACUCGGCAAUGAAGUUUUAUCUCACUUAAUUCCACUGAUUCCGCCAGAAGUUCAUGACGCGACGUUAACGGCGAUGUGGGAUGCGUUGGUGGUGUGGGCCGAACGAAUGUCGUCGAUAUCAACGCAAAUUUUGCCACUUUUUAAGGCACCACACAAAACGAACACAUCCCGUUUCGCGACAAUCAAAGCGAUGUUGUCACUCUUCUCGAAAUGUGGUUAUGAUAUGUUCGAUGAUGCGAUGGUGAAGAUCAUCGAAACCGUACGCAAAUCGCAAACGGUAUCGGCUGGUGAAUGGAUUGGAGCAUCGUUACUGCUGCUGAAUUGCAACAACGAUGACAUACGGCACAAACUGAUGAAUUCAAUCGUCUCUGAUGAAUUCAUUCACAAAGACAAAUUCGUAACUUCUCUAAAGAAAUCAGAUGCUCUUCUUCUUCCUCAGUUAGCUGCCAAACUGAUCACUGAUCGACCAUAUUCGAAUACAGGGGAAAGUGAAUACGCACCGUCGGCAUUGAGAUGUCUGUUUAUGGCGUUGUUAUGGCAUGAAUACGAAGUGCGUAAGUAUGCGUUAAGCCAUCUCAAAAAAAUAAUCACGGCUGAAGGAGUGCGUUUCACAGCGACUUUUGUGCAACAUUUCUAUGAGUACAUAAUUUUGGGUGACGCUGAUCAGAUACACCACAAAACGUAUUCAGCACCCUCGACAGCAUCAGCACAAACUGAAAGUGAUCAUAAAGAAAUUGAGAGCGGUGUGAGUGGCAAAUGGAUUAUGGAUACACUGAGAGUGCUUCUGAUACAGUUCAAUGCCAAAAAUGAGAAACAAGAAACAAUUUUCAUGCUGAUCACCUCAACACUACUUGUGUGCUCGAUUCCAAGUGUUGUUGAAACAGCUGGUCUGGAGUGGAUGCGAUGGUUUCGUAACAUCGAGAAUCGUUCGUCGAUUUUUGAUGAAAACUCGGAGAUGAUCGAUAGGUGCGUCGAUAAAGUACUGAACACACAAAACAGUUGUGUGCGUGAUAACGCCAUACGACUGCUGAUGUCCUCGAACGAACUUGCGCAUGUUUAUUUCUUUAUUUGA